AUGAUAGCAGAUUUGAAUCAAUUCCUGCAAUCUGACCGAUUAGCUCAUAAUAGUAAUAUCACCACGGCAACGGUUCCCAUCACUAAUGUUACUAACAAUGGAACAGAGACUACAACCUCUUCUAUUCCAAUAACUAGUAAGAACAUUAGUAAUAAUGAUAAUAUAACAACUGUACCAGAAAAGACUGCCAUUGGUGAUGGUAUCAAUACCGUUGUCGCUGCUGCUCCAACUGCAAAUACGACCGUAACCGGUUCCGCUAUGACUGCUACGAACAAUCAUCCUGAUUCCAUACCGAAUGAUACAACUGUACACAAAAAUCUAAUGGAAAAUAAUAAUAAUAGCUUUACCUCCACUAAUCCUACUACCACGGCCAAUAUAAAUGUCAAGACUAUACCGCUCGUACAUCCAAUACCGAAUCAAUUAGAUUCUAUACCGUCCUCUGAAUCACUACCGUGUUCUUUACCGCAAGCUAAGAAAAAUCCUACUAGCAAUAGUACUAACAACCACAUUAAUAAUAUUAGUAAUCUGUCAUCAUCAAGUACUCAACAAAUCGCUCCUAUAAAUACUCCAACAAGACAAAUACUUAACCUUUUACAAGCUCCAGAUAAUAAUAAUAUUUCUAAACAAAAUAAUACCUCUGCUAAUGAAAUUACCACUAAGAACGACUCCAUUGAGAUUAACCUUGCCCCAGGAAGUUCAAGUGCACCUACUAUAAGUGAUAUGAAUGUGUCAAAUAAAAUAUCAUCACAAGAAUUACAAAAUCAAUUCCAUCAAUCUGUUCCAACAACAGAUUUAAUAACUCUCAAUAGUCCACGGAAGAAUAAUAUUAAUGAUACUUCUAGUAUUAAUCUACAAGAUAUAAGACUCAUGAAAUCCUCAAUUGAAAAAAAAUCAUCUCUGGAUAAUAAUAAUUAUCCUAAUAAACCUGUUUCACCUUCCAGACAGAAACCAACAAGUAAAAUACGGAAACAUCAAUUACCUUCAUCUUUAUCUCCACCUGCAUCUGCAUCUACAACAAAUAAAUCAUACUCACAACAAAUUAACUCAAUUUCAUCUCUUCCUGUUUCUGUUUCUGUUUCUCCAGAAGAUCAAUUACGAUUAUUUCAAAGAAUGGAUGAAAUAUCAACAAGAAUGGUUAACAUGGAAGAUAAAUUCAAUCAGUUAAUUAAAAGUUUUGAAACUCAAUCAAAUUAUUUACAAUCAUUUAUAAAGGAAUCUAAGCAAGCAUCAGCUCAAAAAAGUUUCCAUGAAACCAACAACAAUCCUAACGCAUUCGCUAUAGAUUUAUUAAAUUCAAUAACAACAGUUAGUGCAUCAUACUUAAAAGACAUUAACCUUCAUCCAUCAUCUUCAACAGCAUCAUUACCAAAUUUAAAUACAAACAAUACAAGUGCACAAACCAAUUUUAUGAAUAAUUAUAAUAAUAACAACUCCAUAUUGAAUUCAAACUCCACCGUAUCUUCAAGAUUAAACACAGGAGUAAACCCAUUACUACAAAUGUCUUCAAACCUUCCCACCGCCAACACCAUCGCCAGUAAUAACAACAAUCCCUUAACAACGAAUCAACUCCAUAAGUUCCAAAACGUUCAAAAUAAUAGAAAUAGAUCAACCACAUUCAUAUUAAAUCCAAACGGUAUCAAAAGAAGAAAAAGAAACACAAAUACAAACCCUAUCCAACAACAACCAUCACAACCAACGCAGCAGCGACAAUCAAACAGCACACAAAGGAUACCGGGGAAGAACUCCCCAACAUCAAUGAUCAUCCCAUUAAUGCGUAAUAUUCAACAAAAUGAAGGACAAGGACAACAACCUGUGAACAGAAUCGGCAUACAAGUCAACUCGUCAUCAACUUCAUCACCAUCUACAACAAUAUUGAAGAAAACUAGUAAUAAUGACGAUAAUGAUCAUUCCAGUAAAACGGUGAAGAAAACUCAAUUGGGAGAAGAUGAUGAUGGGUAUCAAGAAGAUGAUGACGAGGAAGAAGAGGAAGAUGUGAACGGCGUUAAUGACGAAGAUGAGAAUGAAAGUGACAAUGAAAGUGAGGAUGACCUCGACGAUGAAGACGAAGACGAAGACGAUGACGACGAAGAAGAAGAAGAAGAAGAAGAAGAGGAUGAAGAAGAAGAAGAAGACGAGAUUGAUGAAGAUGUCGUUGAUUCAAGGAGGGAACAUCAAACUUUGUCAAAUGCAAACAGUAACGCUAAUAGAAGACGUGUUAAAAGGAAAAAUAAAACCGUACGUAAUUUAUCAAGUAGUAGUAAUGCUGCUACCAAUAAUAAAGUGCAUAAUAGUAACGCUCACAACAAUUCCAUUAUGAUGAACUCCAAUAACAAUGGUCACGCGAGUAUUAAUAAUAAUAAUAACAAUAUCAGCAACAAUUCUAAGAUAAAGGACGACCGUGAAAGAAAUGUAAUGUAUUACACUCUCAUUAAAGCACCGAACAAUGUGAGAACCAUUUGGGAGGAAUAUUUAUACGGUAUUAAUGGGAAUCCAUCGAUUAGAUACUUGGAAGAAAGAUACGGUAAUAAAUGGAGAAUGACAAGGAACAAGAAAACUUUCUCAAGAAGGAAAAGACUUUAUAAAUUUAUUAUGAAAGGUAUGGAUAAAGGGAAGACUGCGGAAGAAAUGAUUAAUAUAUUGGAGGAAAGAAGAAUGUAUAAAGAUGAAAAGGGCGAACUUAAACGUAGAACUAUAGGUUGGUUACAACAAAGUUUAACUGGGAUAUAA